AUGGCGUCGACAACAUCGGGAGUUCCGCAGCAAUGGACUGCCACCAAGGUCAGAGAUACCUUUCUGCAGUACUUCGAAGACCGCGGACACACUUUCGUCAAAUCCUCCCCUGUGGUCCCCCUAUCUGAUCCGACGCUUCUCUUCACCAAUGCCGGAAUGAACCAGUUCAAGCCUAUUUUCCUGGGCACCGUCGAUCCUACGAGCAAAGAGGGCCAAUUAAAGCGGGCGGUCAACUCGCAGAAAUGCAUACGUGCGGGCGGCAAGCACAACGAUCUCGACGACGUGGGUAAAGACAGCUACCACCAUACCUUUUUCGAGAUGUUGGGCAACUGGUCGUUCGGAGACUACUUCAAGAAAGAGGCCAUCACUUACUCGUGGGAGUUGUUGACCAAAGAGUUCGGACUCGACCCGGAUCGAUUGUACGUCACCUACUUCGAGGGCAACGAGGCUGGGGGGUUGGAACCGGACAUUGAAGCCAAGGAGCUGUGGAAGAGCGUCGGCGUUGCGGAAGACCACAUCCUGCCGGGAAACAUGAAGGACAACUUCUGGGAAAUGGGUGAUCAGGGCCCGUGUGGACCUUGUUCGGAAGUCCACUACGAUCGUAUUGGUGGUCGGAAUGCCGCCAGUCUCGUCAACCAGGAUGACCCUAAUGUCUUGGAAAUCUGGAACAACGUGUUCAUCCAGUACAAUCGAGAGCCUGACAAGAGUCUGCGGCCGCUUCCCAACAAACAUGUCGACACGGGUAUGGGGUUCGAACGACUGGUCAGUGUGCUCCAGGACAAGCCGUCGAACUACGAUACCGAUGUUUUCACGCCUCUGUUCGAUCGAAUCCAGGAAAUCACUGAUGCUCGACCAUACGCUGGCAAAUUCGGAGACGAGGACGAGGAUGGCGUCGAUACCGCCUACCGAGUCGUGGCGGACCAUGUCAGGAUGUUGACUUUUGCCAUCAGUGACGGUGGCAUUCCCAACAACGAAGGACGGGGCUAUGUGGUGCGAAGAGUGCUGCGACGGGGUGCCCGAUAUGCCCGAAAAUACUUCAAUGUCGAGAUUGGCAACUUCUUCUCCAAGAUCGUGCCAACGCUGGUGGCGCAGAUGGGCGGCAUGUUCAAGGAAAUUGUUGCGAAGGAGGAAGAAGUCAAGGAAAUUCUGGAUGAGGAGGAAAUCUCCUUUGCCAAAACCCUGGAUCGUGGCGAGCGGCAAUUUGAAGUGUACGCUCAGAAAAGCCAGGCCCAAGGGCUGAAGAAGCUGCAUGGUGCCGACGUCUGGAGACUGUACGACACCUUUGGCUUCCCGGUGGACUUGACAAGGCUCAUGGCCGAAGAGAGACAUCUCACUAUUGACGACAACGAGUUCGAGACGGCCAGACUGCAAGCGAAGGAAGCUAGUAAAGGAGAAAAGAAGGCCGCGAGCGACCUGCUCAAGCUGGAUGUGCACGAUCUCGGCGAAUUGGAGAAGAUGCCCGGUGUGACCAAGACCGAUGACAGUGCCAAAUUCGGACGCGAGAACAUCAAUGGGACCAUCCAGGCCAUCUACCACGCCAAAAAGUUCCAUGAGGACACCCGGAAUAUCCCGGAGGGUGAACAGAUCGGAAUCAUCCUCGACAAGACCAACUUCUAUGCCGAGCAAGGUGGUCAAGAAAAUGAUACUGGCCGGAUCGUCAUUGAUGGACAGGCCGAGCUUGAUGUGGAAAAUGUGCAGCUUUAUGCGGGCUACGUGCUGCAUACGGGGUACAUGAAAUACGGCCAUUUCUCGACGGGCGAUGUGGCGAUUUGCGAGUACGACGAAUUAAGGAGGUGGCCGAUCCGAAACAAUCAUACCGGGACGCACGUUCUCAACUUCGCGCUGCGGGAAGUUCUCGGAGACGGUGUGGACCAGAAAGGAUCUCUGGUCGCUCCGGAAAAGCUGAGGUUCGAUUUCAGCCACAAGGCGGCCGUGUCAGAUGCGGACUUGAAGAAGGUUGAGGAGAUCUCGACCGAGUACAUCAGACAGAAUUGCCCCGUGUACGGCAAAGAAGUGCCUUUGGUCAUCGCCCGGGAGAUUACCGGCGUCCGUGCCGUCUUUGGCGAGACGUAUCCAGACCCUGUGCGGGUGGUCUCGGUGGGCGUUGAGGUGGAUGAAAUCCUAAAGAAUGUCAAGGACGAGCGAUGGCGAACGGUCAGCAUCGAGUUCUGCGGUGGCACUCACGUCAAGAGCACCGGGGACAUCAAAGAUCUUGUCAUCCUCGAGGAAGGCGGGAUUGCCAAGGGUAUCCGCCGAAUCAUUGCCGUCACCGGUGAAGAUGCCCACGCCGUCCAACGCGCGGCGAACGAGUUCGAAAAGAAACUCGACCAUCUGGAACAGAUGCCGUUCGGACCCGCCAAGGAACAAGAAUCCAAAGCCGUCCAGCUGGAGUUGAGCACCUUGUCGAUCUCGGCGCUGAAGAAAUCCCAGUUCCGCGACCGAUUCGCCAAGAUCAGCAAGGAGAUCCUCGACCAGCAGAAGAAGUUCCAGAAGGAAGAAACCAAGAAAGCCAUCGAUACCAUCACCGAGUUCUUUGCGAAGAACGACAAAGCAUCAGGCGCGGUGUUGAAGCUGCCGAUUGGUGGGAACCCCAAGAUCAUUCCGGACGUCAUCAAACAUGUGCAGACCAAGAUCAAGGAUAAGAGUGUCUAUAUCCUGGUUGCCGAUGAGAAGGAUGCCGAGGGAAAAGUGUUCCACGGGUGUUUUGUCAGUCAGGCUCAUACCAAAGCCGGACUGACGCCGGCAGACUGGUCUGCCACCGUGUCGAAAUUGGUAGGUGGCAAGGCUGGUGGGAAAGCCCCUGUUGCUAUCGGUACAGGGACAGAACCGGCGAAAGUCGACGAGGCGGUGACUGCUGCGACUGAGCUGUUGGAGAAGUUCAAGCUGUGA